GUGUUCGUGGCGUAUACAACGCCAACAGCCGCAUCCAGACAGACAGCAUUCAGGCGCCGUACCGCCAAGUCUGCCCAUUAUGGACAGCCUCGACUUGUCCACUCACCAGCUCAUCCUCAAUGAGCUCGCCGUCACCUUGGCAUCCCAGGCAUCCCAUGGCAAGCUUUCCACAGCGGACACCGCCGCCCUCUAUGGCUCCUCUCGCGGCGCCUCGGGUUCUAGUCGCAAGGUCAGCGGUAGCGGCAACGGCAAGUACCUGAACGUUACCGACAUCCGGACGCAGAUCGGCUUGGCCCAGUUCGCAUCGUCGAUCGCGCACUCAAAGCAUGCCAGCGCCGAGGCGCACCUCGCGCCCGUCCUGCGCGAACUCACCGCGCUGCUGGCCGAGCUGUCCAACACCGAGCUCGAGGAAUCAAUGGACUGGCAGGAAUGGUGUCUGCCAGAUCAGCUGGCGUGUGCCCUCGUCGCGUCCAUGCUGCGCGUCGCCAAUGCCGCGCCGCAGCACCGCGAUAGCUGCGUCGGCGCCAUCCUCACGCUCGCCCAGCGCCUAUCGGACGGCCUCAGCGCGACGGCGGGGGACGCGCACAUCGUCGCUGUCCGCCUUGUGCCCCUAUUCCACGGCUUUUACCGCGCCGUCGCCAGCUUCGGCUUUCAAUGGGGCGCAACCGAGUUUGCUCGCCUUGCAACGGCGCUCGCGCCACUGACCAGCACGGCGCAGACGGUGCGCCGCCUCAAUGAUGCCCUGCUCAUCCUCCCCGAGCAGGAGGCUGCGCUUCAGCAGGCCAACCGAGCCACGCGCCGCAAGCCCAAGGCGGCCACCGUUCGUCCUAACAACGACGAUGAGGGCAAUGACGAUGGCAGGAGCGAGGGGUCCGUCGACACGUUCUUCUCUGGCGACGAUGAGAUCGAAGAGGACGAGCUGGACGCCGCCGCCAACCAGGGAGGCUUCGUCGACAGUUCCGACUCGGCUGCGUUCGACUUCCGUACGACGCUCCUCCUCCACUACCGCAAGGUCUUCCGCCCGCUCUCCGGCCACUUUGUCCUCUGUGCCGUUAUCGAAGUCCUUGCGUCCGUCCUGUCACAGCUGCUCGCAGCGCACAUCAAGACCAGCACCGCUGGUGCUUCGAAGUACUCAGUGCCUGCUUUCCGGCGCGACGCAGACGAAGCUGAGACGCUGCACCUGUCGCUCGAGCACGACGCCUCCGCCACACGCAAGGCUUGGAAGUCCCUGCUUGCGAACCCCGUCGCCGAUAUUCACGUGCGCAGGCACAAUGACAUGAACAACCCCCAGGCGCCCGAAACGAGCGAAGUCAACACGACAGGGAGCACCGCCUCGCGCAUCGUCAAUGCGCUGCCCAUCAUCAUCAAUGGUGGCAAUGGCUCUGCGGCGUUUAGAGACGACAGUCUUUCCGAUGCGCUCUCCGCCCUGCCGACAAGCCUGUCCAGUGCGCUGAGCCAGACCCUGCAUAUGGCCAGCCGUGCAUAUCACGAUGUGCAUCGCUUCGUCGACAAUGAGGGCAGCAAGCAGCGCAGUGCUAACGGCGACCUGCACAUGGACAUCUACGCCCUUGAGAUCCUCGCCGAGUCGCUCAAGCUCGGUGCGCUGUGCUCAGUCGCGCAGGCGCGUGCCGGCGCCAGCUCGGUUGGGCGCAAUGUCAACUCGCACACGCUCGUGCGCGUGCGCACGCUGCUCAGCGAGCAGGCCAGCGUCUUUGAGCCCGUCCUGCAGGGCGCAGCGCUUCAGGCGACCGGCUUCCUCGUGCUCAACUUCCCCGCCAUUGCACUGCCCAUGACGACGCAGCUUCGACGCUUCGUCACCAGUCCGCUCGCCAUGUUCGGCGUCGAGCCUGCGUCGACUGCACACACCAUGUCGCCCAUCCUCGCAAGCGCGGCCAAGGCAUUGUGCGCCUGCGUCACCGCACAUGGCAACGACGACCUCGUCGUCUCGACCAUGUAUACACUGCUCAACUACCUCGGAAAGGACAUGAGCUUUGGCGGCUACGCAGCCGGCGGCGCCGCAGGCAGCGGCAUCUCUGUGCGCAGCGGCGCCUCGCGCGCCGUCAGCGUGCGAGACCAUGCCGUUAUUGGCGGCGGAAUGCACCACGCCGGCUCGCUGACGAGCUUCGCGACGCGCACCGAAGAGCAGAAGGUCGCCAUUACUGCCAGCACUAUCGCGACCGUCUCGCGCCUGGCAAUCGAGGUCGGCCAGCCGGACGUGAUUGCACUGACGACGAGCAUGCUGCUGCAGCGUCUGCGCACGGCCGAAGCGCACGCCGAGGCCGCCUUGCUCGUGCACCUCGUCCCUCUCGCUGUCGCCGGAUCCAAAGUGUCGUUUGUCGAGGUCGUCCGCGCGCUCAUCAACGCACUGCGCAGCGCCAUGUCCGGUGGCGCGGGUAGGCGCGCCAGCCAGGCGGCACAGCAAGCCCUGCUCCGUCUUGCGCAGCGCCUUGGCCAGCGCCAGGAGUGUGAGGAGGGCGAUACGAGCAGCGUAGAGCAGCAGGAGGCAGCAGUAGCCGUCGAUGUUGGUGAUAACACCGACCUCAGCUCCGGUCGCAAGGAGAUCUACCUAGUCGAGCUGCUGCAGCUGUUCGCCGAAAAGGGCCAGCAGCUGCAGACGGCCGCUUCGUCUGGUAAAGCGAGCAAAGAGGAGCUGGCGGAGCUCAACACGGACUUGGCCAACCUUUUGCCGACAAUUUCUGCGCUGCUCGCGCACUCCGACAUCAACCCGCAGCUGAAGCCGACCGUCGAGAUGGUCUCGCUCUUCCGCAACAUGUGGUUCCUCUCUAUUCUCUUUGGUUAUGCCAUGCCACCGACAGAGCGCAGAGCGGCAACAAGUGCCAGAGCUCCCGGCUCUGCUGCCGCUGCGCACGAGGAGCUCGUCAGCAGCGCACUAGCGUCCAUCUCGCUGAAGACGCCGACGCUCGUCCCUGAGACGGCGCACAACUACCUCGAAAGCGACCUCGAGUACAAUUCCGUGCUGAAGCGCGACUUCUCCGCCGCAUCCAUCGAGACGCAACGUAGGACGCUUGCGGUGCUCAUCCCCUCGCACACGUCCGAAAUUCGCUCGUUCAAGUUUGCCGAGCUGACGUUCCUGCAGACAAUAUUCAACCUCGAGUGCAUGCGCAGCAGUCUCGGUCGUCCAUCGAUGAUCCUGUGGUACUUUGUCAACGACGGCUUGAACAGCAGCUCUCUCGUCGGCAGCAUGGAAGCCAUCGCCGACAAAGUCAUGCAGCAGUUCAUCGCGGAUAUAGAGCCGCAGCUGUACGAGCAUGCACUCGACCCACGCGUUUCAGCUGAAGUUAGGAACCUCCUCCUCGGCAGUGUACAUCGCGUCAGCAAGGUCCGCGUCGUCUCGCGCAAGUUUCUCGAUCGCCUCAUCGGCGCCUACCCUUCCUUGCUCUGCGAUGGUGACCUCGUCAUUCUCAUGCUCGAGAUGCUCACACUCGUCAGGCACGGCUGCGAGUCCGAGUACAGGGAUGAAUACUCACCUGUCUACCACUUCCACUCCGAGCGCGCCAACGUGGCCUUCGACAUGUCCGACUCGUACCCCCAGCGCGAGGAGAUCCUCCGCGACUUCCUUCAGCGCACCAGGACCUUCCUCGGCGCGCUUGUCGAGCGCGCACCUGUCGAGCUGCAGGGUAUCCUUCAGAGGUACCUCAGCACGCUCGAUGACACCUCCUUACCCGGCUACACUGAGCUUGGCAAGAGCGUAGCGCUCGAAUACGCCAAGAUGGUCGGUGUUGGGAACCGCCAGGAGACAUUCCUACCGCCUCUUGGCGGCUGGACUGCCGACACGUCCAGCACGCUUGUCAACGACCUCGUCGCCAAAAGCAACUACAUGGGUGAAGUCACCGGCAUCCAUCUUGCGCUCACCAAUGGGCUCGUGGAGCUUCGUAAGGACCCCAAAAAGAGCUUCUCGACGGUUAAUAUCCAGCAGUGCAAACAACAGCUUGCAGAUGUCUCGCGCGAGCUCUUGUCCAAGAAGCCAAACGUGUCAUUCGCCGAAACCCGUCGACUCUUGUACCGCACCGCAGCUUUGGCCGUCGCGCUGCCCGAGAUCGACUUUGACUUCCUGCACUACGUCGUCUCGAUCCCCAUUAGACUGUUCACACCCGCAUCGAUCUUGACUGCUAGCCAUGUCUGGACGUGGAUCAUCGGGGAGCGGCCAACUGCGGAAACUAAAAUUAUGGUCGAGGUCACCAUCGGCUGGCUCUCAACCAUUCAGCUGCGCAAAGGCAUCUUCUCGAAAAGUCUCAACAGUAAGCACCCGCUUCUGCAAAAGACCGAGAUGAGCGCUUUCGAUCGGCAAACCAUCGUGGCCGAGCGCGAGGCGGCCACUAGGCUCUUCACGCCUCACCUCAUCUUGCUGCGUAUGAUCUCGAGUCGCUACCAGGCUUUCCAUUCGCGUGACCCUUCCAUGGUCCUCACCAUGGCCCGCUUACUCGAUCAUUCCGCCAGGAGCGUCGACCGCAUGAGCACGCAUCCUCUCGCGAGAGAGGUGCGCUUCACGCUUGUACACUUUGGUUUGCGCCUGCUUCAAGGGAGCAAGCUGGAUGGCUUGGUCGAAUUCCACUUGCGUCAAGGCUUGUACAAGAUCGCUUUCGCUUGGUUUGCAGAGUGUCCCCAAUGGUCGUUCGGCAGCAACCGGCUGCAGGUUCAGGCAGAGAUGCGGCUCCUUUCAGACACUCUGAAACUGCUGGCGAGCGACAAGAUGAGGGCCUCUCAAGUCAUCACUAGCUUCCCUGCCGACAUGGCUUAUGUCCGCCUACCGGGCAGGCUCACCGUCGCCGAGUCGAGCCGCGCAGCCAGCGACCAGCGCUUGCUGCUCUCCUUGCUCGUUGAGAGUGAGCUCUCACGCUUCUCUGUCUGGAACAACCCGAUGGCGGUUCCGGGCCGCGGCAGCGACUUUGUUGGCAAUGCGACAAAAAGCAUGACAGAGGCCACCUGGGCUAGCGUUGUUCGAGUAGCUUGGUCUGUCAAUCCCCAAGUCGCUGUGCAGAUGACGCAGCGCUUCAAGUCGGCCGCCGUGACUGCAGAAGCCGGACGCCUCGUCCGAGCGGACCCCGGCAAGGUCGUUCGCAGCCCCGAUGCUCUGGGCUUGCUCACGGAAAGCCAUCUCCAGCUCGCUUUGCGCGAGGGUACGGAUCUCAGGUGGCUGCUGUACUGGGCCGCUGUCACCCCUGUUGAGGGCAUCGAGCUGUUUUCGCCAAAGUAUGGUAAUAACCCGAUGCUGCUUCAAUACGCCAUGCGUGCACUCGAGGAGUUGCCCGUUGAGUUGACCUUCUUCUACGUCCCGCAAGUCGUUCAAGCGCUCCGCUCUGACGAGUAUGGCUACGUUGAGCAGUUCAUAUUUGAGACAUCCAAGAUCUCGCAACUUUUCUGCCACCAGAUCAUUUGGAACAUGAAGGCCAACUCGUACAAGGACGACAAUGCCGGGAUCGAGGACCCGAUGAAGCCGACCCUCGAUCGCAUGAUCGAGAACAUUGUCCAUGCUUUGUCAGGCGAGUCCCAGAAGUUCUAUAACCGCGAGUUCGGCUUCUUCGACGAGAUCACGAGCAUCUCGGGCAAGCUCAAGCCGUACAUCAAGAAGAGCAAGCAAGAGAAGAAAGCCAAGAUUGAUGAAGAAAUGGCUAAGAUCAAGGUCGACCCGGGCGUGUACUUGCCCAGCAAUUCGGAUGGCGUGGUUGUCGACAUUGACCGCAAGUCUGGUAGACCGCUGCAGUCGCAUGCCAAAGCGCCGUUCAUGGCGACCUUCAAAGUGCACAGGGACGUGCUCAAGCCCGGCGCUGCCCUUGCAGACGAUGGCGAAAUGCAAAAGGAAGGAGUCGACGUUUGGCAAGCCGCCCUCUUCAAGGUCGGUGAUGACUGCAGACAAGAUGCUCUCGCCUUGCAGGUCAUUGCAAUGUUCAAGAACAUCUUCACAAACGUUGGCUUGGACCUUUACCUCAAUCCGUACUGCGUGGUCGCGACGGGGCCUGGUUGCGGUAUCAUUGACGCCGUGCCCAAUGCCACGUCGCGCGACGAGAUGGGUCGUGCAAAGAUCAACAACUUGCUGUCUUUCUUCAUUGGAAAGUACGGCAACCCGGACGGCAUCGCGUUCCAAAAGGCGCGCCUGAAUUUCAUCCAAUCGAUGGCUGCCUACUCGCUCGCGUGCUACAUUUUGCAGAUUAAGGACCGACACAAUGGAAACAUUAUGAUCGAUGGCGACGGCCACAUCGUCCACGUCGACUUUGGCUUCUUGUUUGACAUUGGACCUGGUGGAAUGAAGUUUGAACCGAACUCGUUCAAGCUGUCGCACGAAAUGGUGAUGGUCAUGGGCGGUGCCGCUUCGCAGGGGUUUAAGAUGUUCUCCGAGCUGGUCGUCAAAGGCUUUCUCGCGAUUCGUCCGUAUGCGAAGGACAUUAUCUCCGUGUGCCACAUGAUGCUCGGCACGGAUCUGCCAUCAUUCAAAGGCGAGCCGACGAUCCAUCGACUGCGCGAUCGCUUCAAGCUGGAGAUGACUGAGCGCCAGGCGGCCAAGUGGGCAGAGGGCCUCAUUGCCGAUGGCUUCGAGAACCCGCGCAGUACCUUCUACGACGGCUUCCAAAAGUUACAAAACGGCAUCCCAUACUAAUAAGAGUUCCACUUUCCCUACUCAAUCCGUUUCUUGUGCCUUUGUCCCCUACUGAGAAAUGCGAUUCCUUUUCCUACCACCGAGCCAGUCUGUGCAGUCCAAUUCGAGAGAUUGCAGCGAUGAUGUUGGAGAUGAUGAUACACGGAGGUGCGGGAUUUCAAGUGAAGAUCUGUAUCACUAGCCCGUCGAAUGCUUUCGUGCGGUACGUCAGUUGCCCAGCUCCGCAACCUGAGCCAAAGUACGCUUCUCCAAAGCAAGAGAAAGCCUUGCACGCCGAUGUUUACG